AUGGAGAGAAAAUCAGGAGUGGAAGUAUUUGUGAAAUUAAACGAUAAGAAGAAAAACAAGAAAAAUAGAGGAGAGAGACCGUAUCACUGUGAUGUCUGUGGUCAAUCAUUCUCUGCAAAUAGUCAAUUAAUUACUCACAAACGUAUCCAUACAGGGGAAAAGCCAUAUCACAGUGAUAUCUGUGGUAAAUCAUUCUCUGGAAGUUCUGCCCUAACAAUACACUUACGUAUUCAUACUGAGGAAAAGCCAUAUCACAGUGAUAUCUGUGGUAAAUCAUUCUCUGGAAGUUCUGCCCUAACAAUACACUUACGUAUUCAUACUGGGGAGAAGCCAUAUGACUGUGAUAUCUGUGGUAAAUCUUUCAUCCGUAAUAAUGACGUAACUAGACAUAAACGUAUCCAUACAGGGGGAAAGCCAUAUCACUGUGAUAUCUGUGGUAAAUCUUUCUCUGGAAGUACUGCCCUAACAAUACACAUACGUAUUCAUACAGGAGAGAAGCCAUAUCACUGUAAUGUCUGUGACAAAUCAUUUUCUCAAAAUUCUGACUUAAAUAAGCACAUUCGUAUUCCUACUGGGGAGAAGCCAUAUCACUGUGAUAUCUGUGGUAAAUCUUUCUUUGAAAAUGGUAAAUUAACUGCACACAGGCAUAUUCAUACAGGAGAGAAGCCAUAUCAUUGUGAUAUCUGUGGUAAAUCUUUCUUUGAAAAUGGUAAAUUAACUAAACACAAACGUAUUCAUACAGGAGAGAAGCCAUAUCAUUGUGAUAUCUGUGGUAAAUCUUUCAUCCGCAAUAAUGACGUAACUAGACAUAAACGUAUUCAUACAGGAGAGAAACCUUAUCAUUGUGAUAUCUGUGGUAUAUCAUUCCCUGAUAAUAGUGGCUUAACUAAACACAAACGUUUUCACUCAGGCGAAAGACCGUAUCACUGUGAUAUCU